CCCCUGCCUCGCCCAGGUUCCUCCCCCGCUCGUUUCCGGCUGCUUCUCGCGGCUUUGAGAGCUCCUUCCCGUGAUGCCCGCGCCUGGCUGUCGCGGUUGCCCGGCAACGCGGGGUGCCUGGAGCUGGCCUAGCUGGAACCCGCUGGGAGAUGAGGCCGCGAGGUGUCCCGCUGCUUCUGGUGGUGCUCCUGGGCUUCUGGGCUUCCGUGAGCUCCCAGACCGAGGCCACCCCGGCGGUGGCGACAGAGGACCUCAACUCCACGGAGGCAGCCCUGGUCACUUUCGGACCUUCCCAGUCGACCAGGCCCGUGGGGACCCCCAGGGCUCCAGGGCCUACCUCGGGCCCCAGGCCUACCCCGGUCACGGACGUUGCUGCUCUGUGUGUCUGUGACUUGUCCCCAGCACAGUGUGAUGUCAACUGCUGCUGUGAUCCCGACUGCAGCUCUGUGGAUUUCAGUGUGUUUUCUGCUUGUUCAGUUCCAGUUGUCACGGGUGACAACCAGUUUUGUAGUCAAAAAGCAGCCAUCUAUUCAUUGAAUUUUACAGCAAACCCACCUCAAAGGGUAUUUAAACUUGUUGACCAGAUUAAUCCGUCUAUUUUCUGCAUUCAUACUACAAACUAUAAACCUGCAUUAUCCUUUAUUAAUCCAGAAGUGCCUGAUGAAAACAGUUUUGAUACAUUGAUGAGAACAGCUGAUGGUUUUACAUUGAAUGCUGAAUCAGAUAUUUCUUUCACAACCAAACUGGAUGUUCCUUCUACUGCUAAAUAUGAGUAUGGAGUUCCUCUGCAGACUUCAGAUUCGUUUCUGAGAUUUCCUUCGUCCCUGACGUCAUCUCUGUGCACUGAUAAUAACCCUGCAGCAUUUCUGGUGAACCAGGCUGUUAAGUGCACCAGAAAAAUAAAUUUAGAACAGUGUGAAGAAACUGAAGCCCUCAGCAUGGCUUUUUACAGCAGCCCAGAAAUUCGGAGGGUACCUGAUUCAAGAACAAAGGUCCCUAUCACUGUUCAGUCCGUUGUCAUUCAGUCUCUAAAUAAAACGCUCACCCGCCGGGAAGACACUGAUGUGCUGCAGCCGGCUCUCGUCAACGCUGGACACUUUAGCCUUUGCAUGAAUGUUGUGCUUGAGGUAAAAUACAGCCUCACAUACACAGAUGCAGGUGAAGUCAUCAAAGCCGAUCUCUCUUUACUUGUGGGGACAGUUAGCAGUGUAAUGGUUCCACUGCAGCAAAAGUUUGAAAUUCAUUUUCUUCAGGAAAAUACCAAGCCGGUCCCUCUCAGUGGAAACCCUGGUUAUGUCAUGGGGCUCCCGUUAGCUGCUGGAUUCCAGCCUCAUAAGGGGUCUGGAAUUAUUCAGAUCACAAAUAGAUAUGGACAGCUUACUAUUCUUCAUAGCACAACUGAGCAAGACUGCUUAGCACUGGAGGGGGUCCGGACCCCAGUAUUAUUUGGUUACACUAUGCAAUCUGGCUGUAAACUAAGACUGACUGGAGCUCUCCCAUGUCGGCUUGUAGCACAGAAGGUGGAGAGCCUGCUGUGGGGGCAGGGUUUCCCAGAUUACGUGGCCUCUUUUGGAAAUUCUCAGACCCAGGAUGUGCUGGACUGGGUGCCCAUCCACUUCAUCACCCAGUCAUUCAACAGGAAGCAUUUCGUUUUGCAGGAUUCCUGCCAGCUCCCAGGGGCUUUGGUUAUAGAAGUGAAGUGGACUAAAUACGGAUCCCUGCUGAAUCCACAGGCCAAAAUAGUCAAUGUAACUGCAAAUCUAAUUUCAUCCUCCUUUCCUGAGGCCAGCUCAGGAAAUGAAAGGACGAUUCUUAUUUCCACUGCGGUUACUUUUGUGGACGUGUCUGCACCUGCAGAGGCAGGCUUCAGAGCUCCGCCAGCCAUCAAUGCCAGGCUGCCCUUCAACUUCUUCUUCCCGUUUGUUUGAUCCUGGGAGUGCAGGAGACAUACCGUUGAUGAUCCGGGCCACCCGCCACAGCCGGAGCAGAAUCAGCAGGCCAAGAGCCUCAAACUCGUGCUCCCGGAACAGGAGGACAAUGUCGAGGACAAAUGAGACCACCACCACUACGGCAUCCAGGAUCUCAAACUUGUGGUGAAAGAACUCCAGGCGGAAGACAUAUAAUUUAAAGAUAAU